AUGGUACUGCACGUUACGGAGAUAGACGAUCUGAACAAAUUCAAAAGAAUCGACAAAUUGCCUCACGCGAACGAUUCUAGCAGUGCGAUGAACUAUUCUAUUGUCUACGAGACACCGAAGUCACGCAAAACUCACAAGCUUGAGAACUCCGCUGCUGAUCCAGCAAAUGACUUUAUCGUGCCAGCAAUGGAUAGAAUGAGACCUUACGGAUAUGGAGUUCCAGUAGUUGAAGCAACUGAGGAGGAUAGAUCCAUGACUGGAAAAAAGUUGUCUGCAAGAACUCGUCAACACUCAGAAGCAUUCUAUGAUAUUCUGCGAGGUCACCAGCUGCAAAGAGGUGAUGUAACUCCGGACCACCAGAGCUCUACCGACGAUACUGGGAUCUUACGGCGAUCGUCUGAAAGAAAGAGAUGUCCACGACGUACAUUUUCGCCGCACUCUUGCAGCCGAAAGAGGGAAAAUGGACUGCUCAUGGUAGGCACUGUUCAUCGACGUUUGAAAUUUACGGUUGAGUGUCCGGACGGUCCUUCAAAGGGAAUGUUGGACCAUGUCAGAAUCGAUGUGGAGAAGCCGACCUUCUGA